AAGUCCACAAUAAUUACCUGCGGCUUCCCAACAGAGUCUCCUCGCCGGCCGUCGUCCUCGCCGCCGCCCUACCCGCCUCGCCGGCUGCGUUGCGGUCCGCGGAGGAGCAUGGAUGCCAUGGAGGAGAACACGUCUCCGCCGCCACCUCCACCGCCCACGACGGGCGCGAAGCCGCCGCCGUACAAGGAUCCCGACGACGGGAGGCAGCGAUUUCUCCUGGAGCUGGAGUUCAUCCAGUGCCUCGCCAACCCCAUCUACAUCAACUAUCUAGCUCAGAAUCGAUACUUUGAGGAUGAGGCAUUUAUCGGAUAUCUCAAGUACCUCAAGUAUUGGCAGCGUCCGGAGUACAUCAAAUACAUAAUGUAUCCGCACUGCCUUUUCUUUCUUGAGCUCCUCCAAAAUGCAAAUUUCCGAAAUGCAAUGGCACACCCCGCAAACAAGGAAGUUGCUCAUAGGCAGCAAUAUUUCUUCUGGAAGAACUACAGGAACAAUAGACUGAAGCACAUCCUACCCCGUCCUCCUCCGGAACCAACUCCUGCGCCAGCACCACUGCCGACACCUCCACCAGUGCCUGCACCACCGUCAUCUUUGCCAACUAUGUCAGCUGUUGGUGCAUCUGCAAUGCCCCCCAUGCAGUUUAUAGGAACUCCUGGCACCAAUAACCCAAAGAACGACAUGAGAAAUGUUAUGGGUGGCAGAAAGAGAAAGAUGGGCUAGCGUAGCAUAUUGGUCAACCUGACAGUGGACAGCAUUUCAUGGAAGCCCAGAGUCGCCCCUGUGUCUUGCAGGCCUUUGAAGUUGCGGACAAGUUAGAAGCAAAUGCUACUGUCUAGUAGUUGGAGAUAUCUAUAUGGCACUGCACCCUAUUUGAUCGAAUGAUUUCUUGGCCUUGUUGUAGUUAAAUGAAAUAUUUGUUUGGUGAAACUUUGUGCAAACAAUGGGAGCAAUAACAUUCAGCACCUGUUCUUAGAUA